AUCAGGAUUCCAGGACCCUGUUAUCAACAAGUUCUGGACAAUCUGCGAUGAUGCUUAUCCUAUUCUUGAAAAAAAGACGUCCCCCCAUGUAAGAAAACAGCGAGGACAGGCGGACCUCCGAAGCCCCGAGGUCGAACGAGUCCGAUGAGAUUGCCGUAGAUCUCUUUCUGGAUCCUGACUGUAAGACCACAAACCCCAGACAUGGACCCUCAGAGAACAAUGGGAAUGAUCCUAUAAACCAAAGGUGGAAGUUUGCAUGUUUCUCCUCUUAACUGUCAAUAAUGAAUGCUGCUAAAGCUUCGACUAAUAAACUAGCUUUAUUGAAAGGUAAAGCCAUUUCAACGUCGACUCCAUCUUUCACAAUACGCUACAAUGCUGAGGAUGAGGAAGUUGAACAGCUUUACGACUCCCCCAAGAUCGGGGAAGCUCACAGUGAUAACAGCAGUCCUCAAUCAACACCACUCACUGAAAAAAAGAACAAAGAUUCUCUCUUGCUUUCGAAGACCAGUAAACGGUCUGGCAGCUUGGAAGAAGCCGGAUCACCGGAGCCAUGGCGCCUUUUCACGGAGAUAAGGGGCCGUAUAACAAAGACAGUCGAGGAAAAGAUAGAAGAGAUGAAUAGGAAAAAGAAAAAGAAAAAGGACAUGCUAAAGCCGAAUUCGAGCUUGAGCGACUCAGAGGAAAAAUCAGAGCCGUCUCUAUUCGACAGCUCAUCUCCUGAAAAGAGCACCUCUGAAAUAGUAUCGACGACGGAAAAACUAGAGGAUACUGCCGAUUCGGACCUAGGCGAUGUUAGCGACACAGAAAUCAGUCUUAAUUCGGAUAGGGCCACUACCCCAGUUGCUUUAGAAGUAUCGAACAUUCUACCAGGCUUAGAGACCAAAGAUAUCUCCUUGCCAUUCCUUCCAGAGAAAAGGAGAUUAUCAGCUGUUUUUAGGAAUAGACAGAAAGUCAAACACAGGCGAAAGGUGUCCAGGAGUGAUAAAAUAGAAGUAGCCGUGGAUGCUUUGGAUGUGGUCGAGAAGAACGAUACCGGAAGCUCACUUUCCCUGGUAAAUAAUGGUUCGGCCAAAUCGAAAGUCAUUCUCUACAGAAAGAAAGUCGCAUCUUCUAUAAUCGGCUGCAUUUUUACCGCUAUUAUCGGGAUUAUGCUGAUGUGUGACAUUCCUCUAUUUUUAAUAGGGUUUUUUAUUGGUGCCCUGGUUUGCCUAACAGUAGUUUUGUGGACAGACCACUUGUUUGACUGGGUUUUUGAAACACGUCCAGAAUUUUUAUACUUGCAUGGCUAUUACAAAUAUUCCAAUGUACCUUUACUGUCCGACAACAUGGUUUCCCAAAAUGACAAGCCUGAGGAAUGUUUAUACACAGGGUGGAUGAACGAGUUUCCACAUGAAUACAAGCCUGACAUCUACCAUAUUUCACAAACCGAGACUAUUUACGUUAAACUAACAGGUUCAUCUUUGAAACUGUGCACUCCAAAAUCAAAAAUUCCAAAAAGAGCGAUGUGGAACGAGCCUGAGCACAAUAUGUUGUUUAAUAUGGAAAGGACAUAUGACAUUAGGAAUUGCAGCAUUCGACUUUUACCAGAAGGGCUUGUACAAAAACGUCUAUGGAGUAAGAAAUAUCCAAUUUGUAUUGACCUUCUGCCAAACUCUCAUAAGAGUACUAAGUUUAACGACAAGGGAGAUAUAAUUGAAGACGCUGCACCUAAAGACACACUUCUGUCACCAUUGCCAAAAGACUCACCAGUACGAGAAAUUAUAAUAGGUGAAGGAGGUUCAAAGAAACGCAAAUGGGUUCACAAUUUAUUUAAAAAAUUAAGAAAAGAUGAGAAGUUUGAUAGUGAAAUGACACUCCUUGAAGAAUUGGAAGAGCAAGAUGUUUUUCUUAGUGAUUUAGAUUUGGGGGCACUGGAGGUUGAACAGGAAGCCCAGAUUGACUGUGAAAUGUUGCCAAAAAGUAAUACGCCUUAUCAGGGAGAGUCAAAUGAAGAAGAAGAAUUCGAUGAUGAUGAUUUUAAAGAUUAUGUCCAAGUUUCACCAUCGCUCGUGAACAAAAAUAACAUCUAUUUAUUCACCCGAACUGACCGCGAGAAAGAUUUAUGGUUCAGAAGACUUGUAGCUGCUACAGGGUAUAAAAGUUGGCUUGACAAUGUCAACGAAGACAACGCAAAAGAAGUCGAAGAAAAACUCAAAGAUGAACAGGUCAAACGAAAAAAGGUUCUUGACGAUUAUCUCAACUACAUGAAACAAGUUGGAAAUAUGAAAAUCCACGAGGAAUUGGAUACCAGUUUUGUUUUUGACAACUUGGACUCAAGCUUUUUAUGGCUGAACCUCUUUAUCGCACGUGUUUUAUACGAUCCGAUGAAGAACUCACACUGGGUUGGGAUGAUUCAGGCGAAAAUCUCACGCAAGUUAGCUGUUAUCAAGGUGCCAAGUUUCAUGGAAAGGUUCAACCUCUCGCAAAUAGAGUUCACCAAGUCUGUUCCAGUACUCGAGCGAAGCUGGAAGCCCAAGAUGAACGAGGAUGGCCUCUGGGUUGAGCUCGAUGUCUCUUACCAGGGAAUCUGCAGGAUGACGAUAGACACAAAGAUCAACCUGAUGAAGCUCAAACUUGUCGCAAGCAGGGAUGCUGAUUAUAUUGCAAAUCAAGAAAGCGGUGAUAAGAAUAAAUCAGCGUAUUUAGACAGUUCUCAAGAAGAUAGUGCUGAGACAUCCUGUGAGGAAGAUGACGAUCCAAAGAAACCAUCGAAACCAAGCAAAGCUUUAAUGGUCAUUGAUAAAAUUGCAGCUUCAAAAAUGUUUCAGCAGGUGACGGAUAAUAAACUUGUGAAGAAAGCAAUGGAAAACGUAUCAAACACGACGAUAUCUCUUAAUGUGGAAGUGCGCAGCCUCGUCGGCACGGUUGUCCUGAACAUACCUCCUCCACCAUCAGACCGACUCUGGUAUGGUUUUAAACCGAACACAAAGCUCGAGUUGAGCGCAAAGCCAAGAGUUGGCGACCACGGCAUCAAUAUGGGAUACAUAACAGGACUUAUAGAGAAAAAAUUAUACCAGGAGUUUCAGAAAAUCCUCUUCAUGCCAAAUAUGGAUGAUCUGCUCAUACCAAUAAUGUCCCGGGAGAAGCCUUUUUAAUUGUGUUUGCCAAUACCUAUAUGAGAUCUAAUUGCUGAAAUAAAAUAGAGAAUGCAGUAUCUUUAUGUCGGAUAUAUUACAAAAAAAAAAAAAAAAAUGUGAUAAGAGUAAUUUUGGACUGUAUUAUGGCAUUUAUCUCACGGUGGUUCCAUAUUUGUUUUACAAUUGUUCACUUAUUUUUUUUAUCUAUGAAUUAUUUAAAAAAAAAAAAAAGCCAAAUGUUAUGUGUAUAUAGAAAAAAUUGAGUACUAUUGAGUAUCCAUUCAUGAUUGUAUAAAAAUGAAGAGAAAAAGUGCAUUCCUUGUUAUUUACACUAAUGAAUUUUCAAAAACUUCAUAUGCACAAUAAAAAAUACACCUUUUCUAUUAAAAUAAAUAAAUAAAUAAAAUGUGAUAAAAAGAUGUUUUACUGCAUUGCCUGAAAGACAAUAGUAGUCUCUUUUUAUUUCAUACUUUUUAAAUAUUCAUCAUAAAAAUUGUAAUUCUGACUUUUCUCAAUAUG